GUCUUGUAUUAGAAAGAAGAGAAAGAAACAGACGAAAUACUCAAUCCAAUGAUGAAGGAUUUGGUGCUUAUCUUAGUCGAGUCUUUGGAGGAGCCGAUAAGGGAAAAGUUCAACGUCCACCUAAUACCCGUCACCAUACCCGACGAUUAUCUGUUGACUUCUCGCACGAAUGUGAUGUUUCUGUUGAUAGUAUCGAUACUUUUUCUGAGGACAAUUAUUACAUUGACCGUAAUCUAGAUUCAUUCACAAAUACGCCAACUAUGUUAAGAGUUUCAAAAAGAAGGGAAAGUGACGCAUCUGCUGUCUCGUUUUUGAGACAACUGUUCGUUGGUAAAAAUAAUUCAUUUAAUAACGAAUCGAAGGAAAAGCCAGGAAGCACAUUAGAAACUUCGAAGACAAAACAAGGAACUCCCGGCCGCGUGAAUAAUUCUAAUUCUUUUUUAUCUCGACUUUCUUCUACCUUUUGUACAUAUGAUACCU